AAAUGUGACCAAAAAGCAGAAAAACAUGACGCGAACAAGAAAAACCAAACGACCAACCCUGCCAAACGCCGGAGAAAGGGAGAGAACUCCUCCCGUGUGACAACCCCAAAUGUCGCUGCCCUGGACAGCCCCGGAGUACCUCCCCCUGACAAACGCCAAAAACAAGGACCUCCGACCCACCAGUCAUCGGCCGACCCCAUUGACCAGGAGAUCCAACCUCCCCCCAGCUCGGAGGUCCCACCUACCCCCAAACUAGCCAAGACCAUCUCAUCUUCCCACGAGCCUGCCAAGACUAAGGAAAAGAUUCCCCGAAAGAAGCCCGCCAAAGCAAGGAAGGGUCCUCAGCGAAAUAGACGGCCACACUGGAAGAACUCAGCACCCCACGUGGUACCAAUUUUUGAGGAAUGCGAAGAAAAGAGCCAUUUUGUGGAACACGGAGUGUUUAUGCCGCCAGACGCCCCCACAUCUGAGGAAGAACAAAAAACGCUGGUGGAACAACUCCUACGUCUGUACGAUAACAGCAAUCUACCCCCGGUGCCAGAAGGAAUGAGAUCAGACCUUCUGUUCCUGCGUUAUUACCCACGGAUGAAGACCCUCCUCCGGGUUCUAAAGGCUGAGCCAGGCAGGGAGAUCAAGCUCAAAGAUAAUUGCUGGUUUCUGUGCUUCGAGAACUUUCAGAUGGUGAGCAAGUCAGAACAGGAACAACUUAUCAAGCCCAACAUCUUGACGACAGGUUGGUGCUGGGCAAUUUGGGGGCGGGUUGAGAGAGAAAGAUAG